UUGAUUUUACCCGCAAAAAUUAAAUAUAUCAAAAUAAAGGAAAAUAUAUAUUUUCGUCACUCGUAAUUUCUUCACUAGGAGCACCUCAAUGUCCACCCAGUCUAAAACAAUGCCGACAUUAGAUUUAAAGGUUUACAUAAAAAUAGUUGCUGCUGUGUUCUCUAUCUCAUCAGCUACAGCAUUCGUGAUGGCUCUACUGCGCCUUCUCAAUCCAGACUUGUACUACUUAGAACUGAUGGAGAACCGAAACUUAGCAAUACACUACGUGAUAUCAGGCCUGAUGAUAUUAACGAGCGGCAUAGGGUUCCUGAACAGCUGCGUGGUCAUGAACCGACCGUCGGCGCACAACACCGGGCGGAACGUCACCACGUGGCUGCUGCUGGACUCCAUGUUCGAGAUCAGCCGCGUGGUGUACGUGUUCGUGUGCGAGGUGGUGCUGCGCGGCCGCGGGCCCGUGCAGACCUACGAGCUGCUCAUCAGCGCCGCGCAGUACCUGUUGGACAGCUUCCUGUACUGCCAAAUGAUAUUAAGGCAUUAAGGGGGCCUCCACUCGCUGCCCCCCGGCCCGCCCCGCGACCCCGCCACCACACUCCGAGGAGUCCUGCAGUCAUUCCUCUAAUACAAUAGUUCUAUAAGAACUUUCAUCAAUGUUUUAUAAAUUUUAUGAAUUGAUUUAAUUUAUUAGUCGAUUGAAUUUACUAGAAGUAAAUUAAGAUAUAUAAAUUGAAUACGUAAUGUGAGCGUGUGUGAGGCAGCUACGAGAUGUGCAGCGGAGAAUGAGGUAUUCGGUUCGCUUCAGUGUCCGGUUCUUACUACAACUAUUAUAAAUAUUAAUUGUUCUGUAGUUCUAAGUAGUUCUAUCGUAUGUACUUAGAGGCUGUACAAGAGACACGAUCGUACAGUAAUAUAUAUAAAAUACUAUAACACAAUAUAAACAUAUAUAUAAUCUAUAUUUGUGUGCUAAAAAUAUACAUAUAUAAUUGUUGUUAGGGAAAACUACAAAUGUUUGUAUUUACAUAUCAUCACAAUGUUUAAUUUAGUAGAUCAAAUCGAAUUCAUUUAAAACCCAGUCCUUAUUUAAAACUAAACAUUCCGGAACGCUUUCUGCGAUGAGGAAUUAAAGUAGCCUUCGUAGCGCGGCCGCGAGCGUACUACUACUACUAGUGCUACUAGUACUGCUAUUACUACUACUAGUACCACUACUACUACUACUACGUGUGUGUAUGUGUCAAGAACAAUGCGGGCGCGAGCUGGCAACGAACAUGCCUACGCGCACGUGUUGGAAUCUCAAAUAAUCACAAAACAAAAUCUUAUAAUAUUUUUAAUAAUAAUGAAACCUUAAAGUAUUAUAGUGAUGUAAUAAAAAACUAUCGAACUUUACAGUAACCGCGUUAAAAAGCUGUUAAUUUAUUCCAGUACAUAAAUAAGGUUGUGGUCCAUGGCCACGUGUACACUACUACUAAUGCAGUGUAAGAGUAUUCUGUGCCUACCCUCGUCUUGCGUUCGUAUAAAUUGAAGUUUUUUGAUGCGUUUCGUUCAUUGUUUCUUUAAAAACGUUUCAUGGCUUCAUUUCUCGUAUAAGUCAUUCCAACAGUCAAUUCAACAUUACCGACUCUUAAAGAUACUGAAAACGAUAUCAUCUGUGGUUGCUUAAGAAACAACUUUUAUGAAAUUCAUAUGACUUUGUAUGAAAACUAAUAUCGUCUUUUCGCAUUAAAAGUGUACAAUUUCCUACAAUAUUCGAAAUUGAGUUAAUAUGCGGAAUCGUUUGGUAUCGCCAGUAUUUUUUUCAU